AAUAAUAUAAUCUUACAACAUAGUUUAGUCAACAACCUGGAAAAUGUUGAAAAAACUUAGACGCAAGGUUAGCACAGCCCUUACAGGUGGCCUUAAAAGAGGGUCCAAACCCUAUAAAACCCCAACCUUCAAAAUCAAAACCCCAUCACCACCACCACUAGAAUCACCUUCACCACCACCAUUGGCACUUCCAUCGCCUUCAUCACCAAGAUCAACAAUGCAUCAUCACACCAGAAAGCACUCUCCUUUUCAGUUCCCACAGGUUCAUUCCACUGUCCUCCCUGACCCCUCCAACUUCUUCUCCCCAAACCUUCUCUCAAAUCCACUCCCCACAAACUCUUUCUUCCAAAACUUUGCCCUAAAAAAUGGUGAUCAACCUGAGUACAUUCACCCUUACCUCAUCAAAUCCUCAAAUUACUCUCUUUCCAGAUCAUACCCAUCUCGCUUCUUCAACUCCUCCUUCACCUACCAAGUCUUCAACCCUGAUCUCACCAUCUCUUCCUCCCAAAAAUCCCACCCUUCCUCCCAAAAAUCCCACCUUUCCCAUUGGAACCACACCAUCUCUUCCCACAGUGAUCUCAGUGUCACCUUGGACAUCCCUUCUUCCAAUUUGAGGUUUUUCCUUGUGAGAGGAAGCCCCUUUUUGACCCUUUCUGUGACUCAUCCAACCCCUCUUUCCAUCAGCACCAUCCAUGCCAUUCUCUCUUUUUCCUCCAGUGAUUCCCUCACCAAACACACUUUUAGCCUCAACAAUGGCCAGACUUGGCUUUUGUAUGCUUCUUCACCGAUUAGGCUCAGUCAUGGGCUCUCUGAGAUCACUUCUGAUGCCUUUUCUGGCAUAAUUAGGAUUGCCUUGUUGCCUGAUUCUGAUUGGAGGCAUGAGGCUGUGCUUGACAGGUUCAGUUCUUGUUACCCUGUGAGUGGUGAGGCUGUGUUUGGAGGGCCAUUUAGUGUGGAGUAUAAGUGGGAGAAGAGAGGGUGGGGUGAUUUGUUGAUGUUGGCACACCCUCUCCAUCUUCAGCUUUUGGGUGAUAGUGGUUGUGGAGAUGUUAAUGUUUUGAGUGAUUUUAAGUAUGGGAGCAUUGAUGGGGAGCUUGUUGGUGUUGUUGGGGACUCAUGGCUUUUGAAAACUGAUCCAGUUUCUGUGACUUGGCAUUCUAUUAGAGGCGUGAGGGAAGAAUCUCGGGACGAGGUUGUUUCGGCGCUUGUGAACGAUGUUGAGGGUUUGAAUUCGUCGGCAAUAGCGACGAAUUCGUCGUAUUUUUAUGGGAAAUUGAUUGCAAGGGCUGCAAGGUUGGCUUUGAUAGCCGAGGAGGUGUGUUUUCUUGAUGUGAUUCCUAAGAUUAGGAGGUAUUUGAAGGAAACCAUUGAGCCGUGGCUGGAAGGAACUUUUAAUGGAAAUGGAUUUCUCUAUGAUAGGAAAUGGGGUGGCAUUGUUACCAAACAAGGGUCUACUGAUGCCGGUGCUGAUUUUGGUUUUGGAGUUUAUAAUGAUCACCAUUAUCAUUUGGGGUACUUUCUUUAUGGGAUCGCAGUGCUUGCUAAGAUUGAUCCGGUGUGGGGUAGGAAGUAUAAGCCUCAAGCCUAUUCUCUCAUGGCAGAUUUUAUGACCUUGAGCAGGAGAUCAAACUCAAAUUACACAAGACUGAGGUGUUUUGACCUUUAUAAGUUGCACUCAUGGGCCGGAGGGUUAACCGAGUUUGCUGAUGGAAGAAAUCAGGAGAGUACUAGUGAAGCUGUUAAUGCAUAUUAUUCUGCUGCCUUGAUGGGUCUGGCGUACGGUGACACACAUCUUGUUGCCGUUGGAUCAACACUCACAGCAUUGGAAAUUCAUGCAGCUCAAAUGUGGUGGCAUGUGAAAGAGGGAGAUAAUCAGUAUGGUGAAGAUUUUGGAAGGGAGAACAAGGUAGUUGGUGUUCUUUGGGCUAACAAGAGGGAUAGCGGACUGUGGUUUGCGCCUCCUGAGUGGAAAGAAUGUAGGCUUGGCAUUCAACUAUUACCCUUACUGCCUAUUUCUGAAGUCUUGUUCUCUAAUGUUGAUUUUGUGAAGGAGCUUGUGGAGUGGACUUUGCCUGCAUUGAAUAGGGAAGGUGUUGGAGAAGGAUGGAAGGGAUUUGUCUAUGCACUGCAGGGGAUUUAUGAUAAUGAGGGUGCAUUGCAGAAGAUAAGAAGCUUAAAUGGUUUUGAUGAUGGAAACACAUUGACUAAUCUCUUGUGGUGGAUUCACAGCAGAGGUGAUGAAGAGGAAUUUGGACAUGGAAAACACUGCUGGUUUGGUCAUUACUGCCACUAGGUAUUGUUAUUGAUUUCAUACGUUUAAAAGGAAAAUAAGUUAUAAUAGUUUCUUACAUUGUACAUAAUCAUAAAUAAAUUUCUGUAUACAGCUGAUACCUUUUCCUUACAGUUUCUAUUAUAUAAAAUCUGUGUGUUGUGGACUUAUGCA